UUCAUUUUAUGCCCUUCGUGAUACGUGGACAAGAGAGAAGAGAGAGAGAGGUUAUGCCAACUGAGGGAUCUAGUAGUUCUAAAAUGGCAGCAGCCAAGCUUUCUAAGAUUCUGAAAGUUGAGAUGGAUGCAACGGAUGACGAGGAUAAACCGUUGUACCAGACCCUCUACCAGAAGGAGCUGGCCAAAGAGGAAAAGAAGAAAGAGGCCAAGCGAAAAACCGCUCUUGAAGGUUAUGAGGCCAUCUCUAAAACAGCCUUAACCCAGUCUGAUACAAUGGUCAAAAGGGAUCUGGUCACAUAUAACUCUCUUCCUAUCUUCUUUCCAAACGUUGAAAUUAGUGUCAUUGAUAAUGCACUUGUUGUUCAUCAAAUCGAUGCGAAGGUGGUGCUUGUGUACGACGUGCUAUCAGGAUCCAUGCAGCCAGUUGGUCUGCCCCUUCCGCUGACAAUAAGGGGGCUUCCUGUGUUGCGCACCACCCGUGGUCUACAUGAAGGUGAGGAUAUCAAUGCGGAUGCAUCAACAUCUGGGCAAGGAAGUCAUGGAUACACUGAAGACUGUCAGGAGGCGAUUGAGAGUGGUGUCGAUGGGAGGGGGAGCGGGCAGCAGAUGUGCAAGAUGAAUGACACUCUGCAGUCAGUUCGAGAGGUUUAUGGUCCAGGAUGGGUGUUUUUGACACCUGAUUUGAUUAUAGACAGGAACGCAGGCCUCCUUUGGCGACUUCAUCUAGACCUUGAGGCUUUCGCAGCUACCUGCUCCGAUGCAUGUGCCUUAAUCUCAUUCCUUCAGCGGCGUAAGGCAGAUCCAUCAAAGGCGAAGUUGCUAUCCCUUGUCGUUAUGCGCUCAAUGAUCGUUGAGCGCAGCCCUCUGCCAUGGAUUGCUUCGGCCAUGGAUAUAUUUACGGUUACAUUUCAUAGCCUUCAGCGGGUGAGUGGAAAAUUGUCUUCAGCCCCUGCUCAUCCUGGCUCCAGAACACCUGGUAAGGGUACUCCGCCUGCCUUCACAUCGAAUUUGCAAACGACUCCAGGAACAUAUUCCACCCCUCAAAGCAGCCCUCGCCAGAUUGCGCCUGCUGCCUCUGCAAGACCCGAUGUCAGAAUCGAUGGCCGACAUGGUUUCCGAAAAAGUCCCAACAUUGGUGGCGAGCCGGCGAUUUCCCCGCAUUUCAUGGGUGUGAACCGGACACCACCUUCUGGAAGCCAGCAUGCAGAUGGCUCCUGCGCGACAAGUCGCAACGAACGUGUUGCUAGAACUGGGGUGAGCUCACCGGAAGAUUGGGUUUCAGUGGACCAGGAGGACCACGAACAGGAACAGGAACAGGACCAGUUUGCUCAUGGCGUGUUUCUGGGGAGUAUGGAGAUGCCAGCAACAGAAAGCAGCAGGGAAGCGGAAGGAGCAGCAGGGGAGAGCGGUCGUGCUGAGGAUUGUGGGUUGGUAAGGGGAAAGGAGAAAUUAACAGAGGGUGUUGUCCAGCUAGAACAUGAAGGGGGUGGGGGAAACAUGUGGCAGUUAAGCACAAUGAUAGCACAGGAUUCGAUCCAGUGUGAGCUUGGAGGAGCAAUUUACACUGGGGAGAUCGUUCCCGAUGAAACUGAUUCAGAUAGAAUUGUGAGGGGAGCUGUGACAACGAGGAGGGCUGUGCAUCAGGUACAAAAUUCAGGUCAGGUUCAGGAAAGUAGUUCCAGUUCGGAAUGGAAGGUGUUGAUGUCGUUGUCCCCCGCAGUGUCGCCUGAGGAGAUGACAAGUGUGAUGUUUGCUAUUGAGGAGGAACUGGUGGUUGAUUCAUCGUUUCUAGUUGCAAUCGCCCUCGAGUACCUCCGCAGGUGAGCCACAUCCUUUUUCUUUAACUUCAUCUGUCGAGAAAAAAAAGAAAAAACAGGGAAUUUUAUAUCGCUCCAUGUUCAUUCGGAAAAAGGAAAAAGAAGAAAUAAAGAAAGGACAACCAGCAUAGCCUUAUGGCUAUGACUGGUUCUAUUCUGGCAAGUGCACUCGGGCUCCUUUUUCACUCACAGAGUCUUCUCUUGACUGCGGUGGGAAGACCCGUGGUGGCCCACCUGCGACGAUGCCUCUCGUUUAUCCGUUCAAUAUAUGCUUCACCAGACUGACUGUCCGAACAAAUCUAUACACCUAGC